AGUGCGGUUCGCCACGCGAAUAAAAGAGGGUGGCCUCUCGGAGCUGGUACUCAAAAAAACCUUCUCGUUCCCCGGUGGAUGCGCGACGAGCAGCACUUGCUUUAAACAUGGCGUGCGCUUCGACGACGAAAACGAUAUUGGCGCUGCUUGCAGUGGCGAAUUGCAUCCUGGCCAACGUGAUCGUGCAGAGGCCAACACUGGUGACGUACCACCACCAGCCUGGAUACGGGCAGCCUUAUCCUGGAGCACCGGGGCAGCCACCAGUCGUGGUGCACCAGUACCCACCGGGAGGUGUAGGGGGAGGCCCACCCGUGUACCAUCCCGGCCAACCUCAGCCACCUGUAGUUCUGGUUCCGGUGGGGCCUGGGUACCCUGGAGGGUAUCCUCCACAAGGCGUGCCCUUCGACCCGAACCCCGAUGGUCCAGGCGGCCAUCACGGUCCCCCUUUCAUUGAGGAGAUCACUCCGGUUCUCAAGAACGUCCCCAGCGUCGACGACGAAGAGAAGAAGAAGCGACCCCCUCACAAGGGGACCGACAAGUGCAACGGCGUCGACAACAAGAAGGGAAUCCCAGCGCCAGCUACUGGCGGGAAUCGAAAGUCAAGGAGGGCGCACGAGAAGGAAGGCGUGCGCACGCGCACUACAAAGAGGCCGAUCAGGGUGAACCCCAAGAACGAGAGGCUGGUCAGGGGAGGUUGACACACGGGACUACAAGGCCGCGCGCAGGCGACGUGGUUAAAGUGUGGCUGGAGCAGGUCUGGGUACUCUUCGAGUCACGUCAUCUGGUCACUUGUGUCGCGACUCUCUAGUUUGACCGGGAGCCAGCGUCAAUGUUAAAUACGUCGAGUGAUAAUCUAGCUAUGAUAGGCUGGGUUAUCAUUUCCGAACUCUUCAAUACCGAAAUUUCAAAGCUGUCGGCGUACAUUUAUCUUAACCGGUUAUCAUCGCAUACGUGGCUUGCAUUGACGUCAUUGCACGAUGCUGGUAAUGACUCCUACUCCUCCAUGCCGGGAAGGAGAAAUUAAAUGGUGCAAAUUGUAUGCCACAGAAGGUACAGUGGAAAGCCAUGCAUAAUUGUUGACGCCAUGUCCCUGUUAGGCUAGUGUCUCCGGAUCCGUCUUCGAAGUUCACCAGGUGACGCUCUUAACAAGGUGCUGCUAGGUGGGACCAUGGUGCAUGAUCUGAAAAACAACCUGCCACGUCGUCUGGUUGUGUUAAACGACCUCUCCGCUCUACCCACCCCAUCCGUCGAGUCAAACAAGAGCUGUGAUCUGUGGUACGUCUCAUCUUCGCUUUCUUGUAAAUAAAAGUUUCAUUUUUACACCUA